AUGCUAAAACCCCCGAAAAUCAGAGUGCGGACGGGCUCAUGGACCGAGUGCCGCGACGAGGUGGUCCGGCAGGUAGAGAAACAGAACUUCCCGAACCGGAUCGAUUUUCUGGUGCCAAAAGACGUGUUUGUGAGCAAGAACAUCGAGGCCAAACUCGCCGAUCUGGAAUACGGCUAUGGCAUCGUGGACUGCUCUUUGCACACGAUUUUGCAGAGUUUCGUGAAACAGGCCAUGGAGAUCGAUAUUGAGAGUAUCCAGCUGGUCUCUGUAGGCCAGCAUGCUGAGCACGAGGACACGGUUUCUCUGAUAAGAGGCAUUUUGACGCUUCGAUUGACCGCAGAGUCCUACUAUAGAUCCGGACUCAAGGGCGUUCGUUCUGCUCUUUCUCAGGGGAAUAAACAUACCAGGCAGCAGCAGUUCGUGGUGCAGCUGGAUCUGAGCCAGCUGGCGACGGAAGACAGAAACUCGCUGCGACUCUUCUGGUUUGCGGAAAAAUACCAGAAACCGCUCCGAUUCGCAGUGGUUGGGGACUUGCAGCUCGAGGGAGUGCGCAGAGUCGUUGUAAAGCCCACUCUGAGUCGACUGGGCCGAGUGUACACGCCCAGCCUGGUUCCGCUGGACGACGAGGAAUGGCUAUCCACUACGCUCGAAUGGCUAGCAUAUGCGUCCAUCAACGGCCAGCAGCUCUCGCCGUUCGACAGAACCGACGCAAACGUCUCGCGCUACCGCGAAACGGUGGACUUGUGCAACGAAGAGGAAAUCUAUAGAGUGUCUGUGAGCGGGCUGGUGUCUACGUCGACGGCAGAGCAGCUGCUGCAACUGAUGGACACCAGCUGGAUAGCCAUGCUAAAAUACGGCGUGCAGGACUCCAACGUGGGCUUUGGCAGGUCAGAACACAUUCCUGGGCCGAACGUUCAGGCAUUGCUGAAAAACGGCGACACGUUUGCUCUGUGGCAUCAGUCACGCUGA